AUGAACUCAGACCUACCUUCAGAUAUCUUUAGUGAUGUUAGUGUAGAACCUUCUACGAUUGAAGAUUUCAAACAGGUCAAAGAAGAAGUUAUCAAAACACCAAAUGAUAUAACACGAUGGUUGAAGUUGUUCGAUAAUAUUGAUAGUUUCACCAAUACUUCAAAUUCUUUCACAACAGAUUUCAAAACCUUUGUUACUACCAGUUAUAAUGAACUCCUUUCAAGAUUUCCUUAUUUGGUGGCUAUAUGGAGGAGGUUUGCUAUAGUUUCUUAUAAGAUCAUAGGAGAACGAGAGAGUAUAGAAGUUCUCGGAAGAUCAGUAGUUAAUUGUCCAUAUUCUAAUGAUCUUUGGAGGGACUACAUAACGGCUUUAGAAGUCAGUAAAGAUGAUGAUUUAGACGAUUAUAUACGAAGAGGUAUCAAAAUGAUAGGAAGGCAUUUCAACAGUGAUUGGAUAUGGGAUAAGUAUUUGAACAUUGGUGAUAAGUGGGAGAAAUACCAGAAUGUGAUAACAAUUCCAUUGUACGAAUAUUCAAAGUAUUAUACACAAUACCUGGAACUUUCUCGUGAUAUGGAGAUCGAAAAGGUGGUGGAAGAGACCUACUUAGACACAGCAGUUAAGAAAUAUGGACGUUCUUUGGAUGAGUUGUCGUUAAUAGAGAAAUCUCAAAUCUUAGAAGAAUUCAAUUACCUGAUAUUCCAAAAAACACAAGCACUUGUCACUGAUCAAUGGCAAUGGGAGAGUCUCAUAAAAGUCCCAUACCUUGAUCUCAGUCUCAUGGACACCAUCAAAAGUGAAAGAAAGAUCUGGAUAGAAUAUCUCAAUUGGGCUAUCAAUAAAUAUCAACAAACUCAAUUACCUCGAGACCAGGUUAUAAGUAUCUUUGAAAGAUGUUUGAUACCCAAUUGUUUUGAUGAAGAGUUAUGGCUUAAAUACUUAGCUUUCCUUAACCUCGAACCCGACUUUGAGCAAAUGGAUUUAGUAUACAACAGAGCUAUCAAUAAGUUUGUUCCUUUAGAUAAGAACGUCCUUCGAUUUUCUUAUCCUCACUUCCUCCUAGUGCAUGAGAAACAUGCCAUGAUUAAUGAUUAUAUAUUCGACUUGAUGAAAUAUUUCAGUGGAGGUAAUCAUCUUCAUAAACCAUUCAAACUCCAAUUUUUGAAAUGUUUUCAAAGUCUACUCCAAUGUUGGAACCAGAUGUAUCCAGACUUCAUACCUUACGUUAGAUCGGUCAUAGAUGCAGAUUUGACUGAAGGUGGUAAGCUCGGAGAGCAAGUAGAUGUCAUGUACAGUAACAAUUUAAUGAAAUUCGUCAAUGAAGAUUCUAUUCAAGUGAUAAUCGAAUUUUACCUCCAUCAUACCGACGACAACAAUACCUUAAGAUCAUUUUUCAAUACCUAUUAUGAUUCUUCAGUGCUAAAGAGUUGUUCUGGCUUCUGGAAAUUCUUUGUUCAAUUAGAAUGCAAAAAUCUUCAUUUCCCUAAUCUUGAUAUGAUAAUGACUUACAUAAUCAGCCACACCACAUUACCUAAAAUUGUAGUAGACAGUUUGGUGAUGGAAUAUUACGCUACAGCCACGGAUAACUAUUCGUUAUUCAAGAAACUUGGCAGAAACUUGAUGGAAAUCAAAUUGUGGACAUCGACAUCGGUGAUACAAAACCCUGGAUUAUCUUCAAGGUACAAUUUGGGACCUCAAUGGGGGAAGAAUUACGACAAUCCUGGUAUAAUGAUAGAUCACAAACCAGAGAUCAUCAAGAGACGUGAUUUCAAGAUAUCGGAAGAGUACGUUUUACCAAGUUUUAGAAACGUCGAAAGAGCUGGUGCUCAAGUACCAUAUUCAAAAAAAUAA